AGACGUGUCCUUGGAGUUCACUGACAUUUGUACAUUCUGAUUUAAUUUGCAGUCAUGUUCAGUGAAGUUUGGCUAUAUUUGUUGUAUUUUCAUGCUUUUGUUCAGCAGAUUUUUGCUCCCUGCAAGUAUCGUGAGCUGCUGGCUGUGAACUCACUCGACCUGCACCAGUAUGCGGGGAAAUGGUUCUUCAAGGCGGCCGUCAGUCCCAGGGACUCAGACAUCAGCAAGUUCAGGAUGUUUGACAACAUCGUCUUCACCAUAGAGGACAGGUCCAACACCACGCUGGUCCUGACUGGAAACAUGCGGAUGGGAGAGGCGUGCAUAAAGCAGAACUGGACGUAUCAUGUGCAGCCGGGGAGGGAUGACCUGCUGCUGGAAGGUCAGUGCAGCUUUAACCAGCGUUGA